AUGUGCAAGCUGCCCAUGUACAACUUGAUCGUAUUUGGCUGCUACGCGCUGGCGAAAAUCGGACUAGGGUUGAUUGCGUUCAAGGACUGUUCCGAGGAUGCUGCGCUCCUUGAUGAGGACAUCCAGGCUGCGAAAAAAGAUCUCACGAAACGUGGCUUCAAGUUUUCAUAA